CCGGAACUGUAGGCUACUUCUGUACAUCUCCAGUGAAAGAAUCAACAGCGCUGAGGCCAAUACCGACGGCAUCAUGGUAGAGACUUCACAGAAAAUCCCAUUUGCCGAUACUUUUAAACAAUGCCUACCACCUGCAUAUAAUACGAAGCCACCCGUAGCUGUCGGUCGUCUCUUGAGAUUUGGGGCAGCAGGUCUCCUCGCGGGAGCAGUGUUGAUGCUUUGUGGAUCCAUUGGAGCGUUCUACCUUUGGAAAGUCAGUGAAAAAAAUGUGUACAAUAUACACUACAGUCUGAGCAUCAAUGGAAAGGUGGAAGAGGGAUCCAUGGAAAUUGACUCUGACAACAAUCUGGAAAGGUUCCGAACUGGGAGUGGAAAUGAGGAGGCGUUGGAGAUUCAUGACUUUCACAUUGGAAUUACAGGAAUCCGGUUCUCGAGAGGUGAGAAGUGUUAUAUAAAAUCUCAAAUCAAAGCCAACCUACCGGGGGUGGAGACACUACACAAGCAGUCGUUGAUGUUUGACCUGGAGGAUGAAAUCAUGCCAGUCAAGUUUGACGAAGAGUCCCUGGUCUGGGUGUCCGCUGACCAGUCCCUGAAGGACAGUAGCUUCCUCAGCACCAAAAUCCUGGACUUCUGCGGAGACCUGCCCAUCUUCUGGCUCCACCCCACGUAUCCUAAAGGCGGAGAGAGGGGAAGGCGAGACACCCAGAGAGCCGCGCGUCAGUUUGACACGGAGGGGUUUGAGGCAGCUGCCGAGGAGAGGAACGCGCCGAGCCGUGCGGCGAAUAGCACCUCAAAGAGAGCCGCGGCAGAGGAGACGGCCACGGGCACCUCCGCCAUGGGCUCCGCCUACAACCCGGAGAACCCCUACCAACGCAACCAGGAGGGGGAGGACGGCACCGUGACCUUCGACCCCAUGCUAGAUCACAGGGGCAUCUGCUGCUCGGAGUGCCGACGCAGCUACACCCACUGCCAGAGGAUUUGCGAGCCCCUGGGUGGCCACUGGCCCUGGCCGUACAACUACAGGGGCUGCCGUGUUGCCUGUCGGGUGAUCCUGCCGUGCCGUUGGUGGGUGGCGCGCAUCAUGGGUAUCGUGUGAUCAUGGGCGCCCGUUAUCUCAGGACAAAUGUAAAAGAUUAUCCCAAAUACACAGGAAGUCUCAAAAGGUAAUGUUCUGUCAGCGGUAAUGUAAUUCAUAAGCAGGUAUUUAUUUUGAAACUGUACGUAUUUGGAUGUAAAUACCUGAUAGCGGCAGGCUUAUGCUUGUUAGGAUGAAACAGGGACCACGGCGCAUGAGUUAGUGAGAAAAUGCAGGCUAAGACAAAUUUCCACCUGGACCCUGGAGGCAAUAUUUAGCAUAUACAGCAUGUACACCUUCCCCGAAGACUAUACUUGAAGAAAAGAAAGAAACAAACAAAAAAUGUAGCAUAGCACUUUCUAGCUUUUGAUGUCGGAGUUAUUAUUUUCACCAAAUUUUUUCUGUAAACAUUUGGCCUAUCAAUGCUUCCUUUGCACUAUACUGUAUUUGAUGGAAUGUACUGAAGUUUAUUCAGUGAUUAUAUUAAUGCUUAAUAAAGAUGUACAGUUUAUUUGACUGUAUA